CCCUCCCCCUCUCCCGCCACGAGCCCUCGCCGCUGCAGACGCAGAUGCAGGCCCGUAUCUGAGCCAAGCCCGGCCCGGCUCUGUGGUUCCGAGAUUUUGUGCCCGGCCCACUGCCGAUCUCUCCCCGAACCGACCUUCUUGAGCAUUCUUUGAGGAUGGAAGUCUCGUACCAUCACACACAUCAUGGCGACGACGACAGCAUCCAAGACGCGCACGAUUGAGGAGUGCGACGCGCUCCUCACGGCGCCGGGCAUGCCGUUCGAGAUGGUUGAGAUGGACAUUGAGGGGCGGCGCAUGCGUGCAUGGAAGAACACCCCUCCAUCCUUCCGCGCCUACCUCAUUCCGAAAUUCAAGGAGUUUGCCGAGCGCCAGAUGAUUUCGUCCCCGCUCCCUCACCCCGCCGAGUACGACGCGCGCGAGCGCCUCACCUACGCGGAGGUGUAUCAGCUUGCACUGAGCUACGCGGCAUGGAUGCGUGGCCUGGGGGUGGUUGCCGGCGACCGCGUGGCUGUGGGCGGGCGGAAUUCGACCGGAUGGCUCGCCACAUGGGUCGGUGUGCACCUGCUCGGCGCUGUCCCCGUGCUCCUUAACGACCUUCUCACGGACGAUGCGCAGACGCACUGCCUCGGCAUCACGAACCCCAAGCUUGUGCUGGUGGAUGAGGCGCUCGCGGCCAAGGUCGGCCCGCUGCGCGCCGAGCUGUCCAAGCGCAACGUCGGCGCCGUGUACUGCUGGUCGAGCGUGGACCACCUGUCCAGCACGGCGCGCGCCGGUGUCACCGCGAUCGACCUCUCGGCCGCGCGCCAGGCAGACAAGGACGCAAUCCACUCUGGUGUCGGCGGCGGUCUCGAGGGCCUGCACCAGUUCUCGGAUGGCUGCAUCUUCUUCACGUCGGGCACGACGGGAUACCCGAAGGCGGUGAUCUCGACGCAGCGGGCCGGGCUGCACAACGUCAUCUCGGCGCUUGUGUCUCCCGCACGAAUGUUCCUCCGCAUGGGCCUGUCCGUCGCCGAGAUGGGUGCGAUGAUGAGCGCGCCCGCGCCGCAGAGCGUGUCCCUCAUUUCCAUUCCCCUCUUCCAUGUCACGGGCAACCUCGCCAGUCUGCUCGGCACAAUCGGCAAGGGCGGCAAGAUGGUGUUCCAGCGCAAGUGGAGCGUCAAGGAUGCCGUCAAGCUCAUCCUCGAAGAGAAGGUGACGAGCAUCGGCGGCGUCCCUGCGAUCGCGACGGCGAUCCUGCAGAGCCCCGACCUGCCGAAGGACUACCAGUUCGCGGCGGUGAGCUACGGCGGUGCACCCCCGCCCUCGCGCCUCGCGCAUGAUCUCAAGAGCCGCUUCCCCGCCGCCUUCGUCGGCCAGGGCUGGGGCAUGACGGAGACCAACGCCGUCGUGUGCCACCUCAGCGGGCCAGACUACGUCGCGAAGCCGACGAGUGUCGGCGCGCCCAUCCCCAUCUGUGACAUCAAAAUCGUGGACCCCGAGACGCGCCGCGAGGUGCCCCGCGGCUCGUUCGGCCUCCUCCUCUCCCGCGGCGAGGGCAACAUGCGCGAAUACCUCAACAACCCCAAGGCGACGGCGGAGACGAUCGAUGCUGAGGGCUACGUCGACACGGGCGACAUGGGCCACAUUGACGAAGAGGGCUUCCUGCACCUCGGCGACCGGAUGAAGGACAUUAUCAUCCGCGGCGGCGAGAACAUUGCUUCGGCCGAAGUCGAGAACGCGCUCGCGCUCGACGACCGCCUGGCCGAGGUCGCGGCCGUCAGCGUGCCGGACGACGUGCUUGGCGAGCGUGUCGGCGCCAUCGUGUCGCUCGCGCCCGGCGCCUCCGCCACCGAGGAGGACGUGCUCGCUGCAGUCUUCCCGCGCCUCAGGUAUCCCGCGCGCCCCGUCAUCGUCGUUGUCCACCCCGAGCCGCUCCCGCGCAACGCGAACGGUAAGAUCGUCAAGACCGACUGCCGCAAGAUCGUGCGUGACAUCUACGCGUCCCGGCCCAAGAUCCACGACGCACCGCGCGCCAAGCUUUAA